AUGUCUCUCAACGAAGCCAAAAAACAGCUGGCAGAUGCCAUCGCCAAAUAUGAACACCUCCAGCUCGAACUGGAGAGUAAAGACAACUUGGAAUCCUAUUCUGAGCAAGAAUGGCAUGCCCAUUUGAGUAAUCUUGGCCUUCAAACAGCUCAAUUGAUCAACACAAGCCGGGUUUAUGAUGAUGAUAAUCUAUUGAAUCUACUGAAACGGAAGCAGAACAAAUUGAGGCGUCAUAGUGCUUGGAAAAAGAAACACAAGAAACGUGUUCAGCAAAGAAAAAGGCAGCAGCUCAAAAAGAAUGAAAAGUGGAUCAAGGACAUAGAAUGGAAGGUUACUGUUUCGCCUUCUGUUAAUGCCACUGCCAUUGCUGCUGCAAAAGCAACCGCCCCUUUAGACACACAACAACAACAGCAACAACAGCAAACAAAUGACAAAAAGCUGAUCAGAACACUUUCAAAGAAACUGACAUUACUGACAGAAAUACGAGCUUUGCGGCAAAAAAAGCUGGAGAACCAAGGGCACUUUUUUGCAGACGAGGGUGAUGCAUUCUUUAACAAGGUAAAAGAAUGGCAUCUACGCAACGAAACCGCAGAAACAGCUGCGCAAGAUGAACAGCAACCACAGCAACAAGAGAAGAAGCAGCUUGUCAUACACCCUCAAGAUACAUGGCAUCAUAUGGACAUUGAUAAAGUUGCAUAUAGCUAUUGGUGCGGAUCCGAUCAAUCACUGGACACCCUAUUGAAUACACGUCGAUUAUGGGAUCAAUACAUUUUAUUAGACAAUAACAACGAACUCAGCCCCCACAAUACUCUACACAAAGUGCCGCCAACAUUUGUUGCACCAGCACCACCAGCAAAUGCCAUCUGGGCGUCAUAUCUAUCAUAG